AUGGAGGUAACUACCUUAGCAGGGGCUUUGCUGAGGAAGGCUGGGGCUGCAAAGCUCAAGGCAGAUAAGGCCAAGGCUCAACUUGCAAGGUUCAAGAAGGAGAGCGCAAACUGGGAGAGUGCCCAUGCUGAGCUGCAAACGGUCAAGGUGGAGCUGGAGAACACACGUCGCCAGGUUGUGUCGCUCGAGUUCCAACUGGCUGGCGAGCAGAAGAGGCUGGAUGAGGCCCAAAAAGCCUGCGCGGUCGCGGUUGAACGACAUGAAGAUGCGAUGAGCAGUAAUGAAGAGCUGGUCAGGCAGAAGGAUGAGGCAGACGUGAAGAUUAGCGAUCUGCAGAAGGAGCUGGAGGGCGAGUGUGCAAAGGCACUAGAAGAGAGGGAGAGCCUUCAGAAGGAGUUGGAGGCAGAGAGAGUCAAGGCGACUGUUGAGAGGGAGACCUUGAAGAAGGAGUUGGAGGCAGAGAAGGCCAAGGCAACUGCUGAAAGGACGUCCCUGAAGAAGGAGUGGGAGGAAGAGAGGGCUAAGGCAGCCUCUGAAACGGCGACCCUGCAGAAAGAGUUGGACAAAGAGAGGGCAAAGGCAGCCUCUGAAAGGGCGGCUUACCCUGAUCUGUAUGUGGCAGCAGUGGAUCAAUUCAAGGGGUCUGCUGAGUUUCAGAUGGCAGUGUAUGUCGCGGUCACAAGCAGCUUGGCGAGGGAGGAGUCUGGGGGGGCGGGCCCAUCGAGGACGACCGUUGGGGGCAGAACUGAAGCGGAAGUGAUUGAGAGCUUCCAGCACUGA